AUGGCUCAUCCGGGGAGAAGAGGCUACGAUAACCGGGAGAUAGUGCUGAAGUACAUCCACUAUAAACUCUCGCAGAGGGGAUACGACUGGGCUGCCGGCGAGGACAGGGCACCCCUGCCUCCAGGUCUCUCUGCUCCUGCUGCUGCUGCGGUCGCUGCUGCUGCUGGGACUUCCUCUGAUCACACUGGGCUGGUGUCUCCGCACCCCGAGCCCCCCGGCUCGGCUGCUGCUAGCCACGCACCCCCGCCCCAGGGGCUGCGCCCCGCACCCCAGGUCGUCCACCUCGUCCUGCGCCAGGCGGGGGACGAGUUCUCCCGGCGCUACCAGAGGGACUUUGCCCAAAUGUCCGGCCAGCUGCACCUGACGCCCUUCACGGCCAGGAGCCGCUUCGUGGCCGUGGUGGAGGAGCUCUUCCGAGAUGGGGUUAACUGGGGCAGAAUUGUGGCCUUCUUUGAGUUUGGCGGUGUGAUGUGCGUGGAGAGCGUCAACCGGGAGAUGUUUCCCCUCGUGGACAGCAUCGCCGCCUGGAUGACUGAGUACCUGAACCGGCACCUGCACAACUGGAUCCAGGACAACGGAGGCUGGGUAACAGUAUGUUUUGCACAAAGUUCAACAGGAUGCCUUUGUGGAGUUGUAUGGCAACAGUAUGAGGCCUUUGUUCGAUUUCUCCUGGAUCUCUCUGAAGACUAUCCUGAGUCUGGUUCUGGUGGGAGCUUGCAUCACUCUUGGCGCUUAUCUCGGACAUAA